CUACAGAUGUCUACCUGAAUCUGAGCUUUUGUUUGUUCAGUGUUGAGCUGGGGCAUCGCACCCACUCUGAGAAGUAACCGACAACCACCGAGCGACCUCUGCGAAACGUCCAAACCCUCACAUUUUUGGAUCUUUUGCACAUGCACACGGGUAUCGAACCAAUCAACUCCCAUCUGAUUUGAGCAAGAAUAUCAUCAAAAUCCAAGUGAGAAGAGAAGGGGGAAAAGACCACAGAAAAAGACGGGACGCAGUAUAAGAUGUCAGAGUCCACGGCAUUCGCCGAAGUUGACGCGUCGGGCGGACACAUAUGACGACGGCGUCGCCGGAGGAGGGGCUCGCACUGGGAGCGGGGUGCCAAGCAACGAUUUAUCCUGCUCUCCGUCCUCAUGUUCUGAAGAAUCCUCCGACAAGGAAGAUGAGAAAGCAGGCUAGGAAACGCGGCAAGGACGAAGACGACCGCUUCCGCCGGUUCCGCAUCUCCAACGAGCAUUCCCGCACCAAGGGCCGAGUCUCGAGACAGGACGGCCGUCUGAACAUCUCCCUCCACGACACAAGCAAUGCCGGCUACCUCGCCAAGGCGCUUGGCACAGCGGCGCACAAGAUGGUGCCCCUGGCCCGAACCAGCGAGGAGGAGAAGAGAGAGGAGGAAGCAGAACCUCCCGCGUCCCCCGGAAGACAGAAACCCGACGUGAGACCGACAGCGCCAGUGGGACCACCGCUGCCGCCUCCCCCACGCCUGAACAUUGUCAUCAUGGUCAUCGGCUCCCGCGGGGACGCCCAGCCGUUCCUCAAGAUCGCCCGGAUCCUGCACGCCCAGUACGGCCAUCGUGUGCGCAUUGCCACCCAUCCGGCCUUCUGCACCUUUGUCCAAGAGGACUGCCCGGGCAUCGAGUUUUUCACGGUCGGCGGUGACCCUUCCGAGCUCAUGGUAUGUCACGCCUCCCUUUGUCUUCUGCCCACCUCCAUUGCGCCGAGGUACUGAUAUUUCUUUCUUUAAUGAUUUCUUGUCUUGCGAUCUGUUAAUCCUCCUCGAAGAAAAUGAACAGGCAUUCGGCGCCGGCUCAAGCAGGCCCGGUCGCCGGUUGAUGAUAUCAGCCCUGCUACGCGCUCAUUGCGGAUGUGUAUUUUUGCGGACGCAAUACGGAUUACGAAUUCCAUACACUCGAAGAAGACCCCUGGCAAUUCCCCGU